UAAAAAGUUUACAUAUGGGAUUAUUUUAUUAUUUUCAUUAAAAUUUAUUGUCCCAAAAAUACUUAGUUCCUAUAGAUAGAUUUUACUAUAUUUUAGUUAAAACUAAAACACAAUCUAAUUUAGACAUAAGAAACGAAUAUUUCAGAAAUAUUAGGAAUAAAAAUAAAUUUCAAAAUUUCAACAGCACUAGUUCACAUGAUACAACUAUUCUGCCAUGGUAAUAUAUCAGUAUUCAUGAAAUAGUCAGCAAAAUAGUCACGAAUAGCAGUCGCUGAUCUUGCAGAACACGCUCCUGUUUUUGCAACAUUAGCAUCAUAAAAUCCUUGGACGGAUAAGGCAUCUUCAUGUUUAUAUCCAUCUAGUACACGAACAAAAUUAUGCAGUACAGUACAAGCUUUAACUAUGUCAACAGCAAAAUCUAUUGACACGUUGAGUGGUCUGUGAAAUAUUCUCCACUUGUUAGAAAGUAUUCCAAAAGUACACUCAAUAUACCUUCGUGCUCGAGUUAACCGGUAAUUAUGUAUUCUCUUUUUUAAUGUCAGAUUUUUUCCACCAUAUGGCCUCAUAACAUUGAAGGAUAAACCAAAUGCUUCGACUCCAACAAUAACAUAUGGGAUUUUGUAAUCAUUCUUUUGUGGCAAAAAAUCUGGAUUGGGAAGAUCUUUUUUGAGCUUAAGUUCUUAUAAAAAUGACCACUUCAAAUUUUACAGAGGAAAAUCAUACAAUCGAAGAAGCUUCGGAUCAUGAACAAAAUGAGUAUGUUACUCCUUUAAGGCCUAUACAUGUACAGAAAAAAAGGAAAGUGGCAUCGGAAACCGACCAUAACACUGAGAUAGUGGGCCUAUUAAAGGCAAAUCUUGCACAGCGACAAACAAACGAUAUUAUGCUAGACAAUGACGGAGACCGACAUUUCCUUCUUUCGCUACUGCCGGACUUUAGAAGAGUGCCAAUUGACAAAAAGAUGGAUGUGAAAUUGGCAAUGAUACAAUCGAUAAAAUCUGCCCUAUUACCCACUCAAUCUGCAUUUAAUUACAACCAUGUACAACAUUUGCCGUUUUAUCCAUCCGCUCCUAAUCCCCCUUCUACACAACAUCUUCCUAUUCAUAAGUCAUCAUCUUCACAAGUGCACGUUUAUGGUCAUCCUUCUUCCACUCAUUCUCAUUUAUCUCCCCAUUCGUCAUCCAACACUUCAUUCAUUGAGUUACAAUGUUCAUCCAAUGAAAGAACAGACACUGUUCCCAUCCUCUCACCCCAUUCCGUUGAAUCAACUGCCACCUCAACAGACGGAUCCAUCAUCGAUCUUCUUGUUGAUUACCAAGGCUAAGACCAAAAUUGUGGAGCUGAUAAUUAAUUAUUAUUUUUCUUGUACUACUUUAAAUACAAAUAGAUUUAGAAAAAAAACAUCUAUAAGUAUUUUUUCCUUACCUUAAUGUCAUAGAUAGUCGUUCUUUUGACGAAAUACUUCUACGCAUAGUUGUGUCCUUUUUAAUUAGUUUGUUUUCCAAAAUAUUAUGAAGUUUCUCAAAGGACUGAAUAGACAUUCGAUAAUAAUUGAAAAACUUCGAUGGAUCUUGCAACAAA